GUACUUGGUGGUGGUGGCUGUGGUACUUGGUGGUGCUUGGUGGCGGUGGUGCUUGGUGGCUGAGGCGCUUGGUGGCGCUUGGUGGCGGUGGCUGUUGUUGCUGGAGAAAGUGGAGGCUUCGUCUCGCUAUCACCAUGAGUUCCCCACGCGCUGAGCUCGACUCCAGCCGGCGCCGGGGGCUGGUCCAAAAGCGGAACGUCUCGGACCUAGUGCCAUCCUUUGUGGUGGAUGAGGGGCUGAGCGCGGCCAUGGCGACGCGGCCUCGCAGGCGCCAGUCCAUGUUGUUAGGGCCAGCAGAGAUCAGUGCCUACCAGAGUCAAGGAGUCGGCGUGAAUCAGAGCGAAUUGCUCGGCCGUGCCCGCAAAGUGGCGGCGCUGGAUCUGGAGGAGUUGUCGCUACCCAUGGCCGCCCUCCAGGGCACUGCUGCACCCAGGCUGGACCCGGCUCCUCCGUGCCCUCCGGCCGUGACAAGCAACGCAGCGGCCAAUGUUAACUCCAGCAGCAGUAGUAGCAGCAGCAGCGACUCUGAAAUGGAGGCCGGCAUGGAGCAGCUGUCAUCUUCCGAGCGCAAGAGACUUCGGAACAUCCAGGAGAAUGCAAAGUUCCUUGCGGCUCUCAACAUUCAAAAGGAAGUGGAGAGCCUGAAAGAAGUUAAUAAACGUUCACACAGCUCCAGAGUGAAGGUGAAGCAGCCGCCGCUGCCCCUGCGCAAGCUGUCCCGCCGCUUGCGCAAGCUGGACCCGUCGGGCGUGCCGCUGCCCGAGAAGCAGCCCUUGCUCACCGCAGCAGAGUCUCACGUGCCAGCAUCAGGACUCAAGAAGCUCAGGGCAUCUGGGCCACUGAAGAUGGAGGCCACCAACCUGUCCAUGGAGGAGCAGAAUGCCCUACUCGAGGUGUGGAGGAAAAGCGAGAUCGUUGAGACUGAUGGUCGCGAGCCUUGCGACUCUGCGUGGCUGCUCGGGUUGCGUCAGGGCAACUGCCGUAUCGCCAAGGUGAUGAGGGAGAAAAUCUGCUCGGUGGCCGUGCACCCAACCAUGGACCACGUCCUCAUGGCUGCUGGGGACAGCCAGGGCAACGUGGUCUUCUGGGACCUGGACUCGUCGCCGGGGGAGGCCGCAGCCGUGACUCUGUUCCGGCCGCACGUCGACCGCGUGUCUUGCCUGUGCUUCCCGCCGACACAGCCCACGCAUCUCUACUCGAGCAGCUUUGACGACUCGCUGCGCUGCGCCGAUCUGCACCACGGUGUCUUCGAUGAGGUGUACGCCGGCGAAUCGAAUGAACAUGUGGGCCUCACCAGCUUCGACUUCCAGGCUGAGGAUGGUGCCUCGCUGCUGGUGGGCCGCCGCGACGGCGCCGUGGAGCUCGUCGACUGCAGGAGCCCGAGGAAGUGUGGCGAGCAGAAGUGGAUGGUGCACCAGAAGAGGGUCCACUCAGUGCACGUGCACCCCACGCAGAGGCACUACUUUGUGACGGCGUCCACCGACUGCACCGUACAGAUCCAUGACGUCCGUGCGAUGGGCGUGGGCCAACGCAGCGGCACCGCUGCCACCGCCGUGGCCGUGCUACAGCAGCACAGCCGGGUGGUGCACUCGGCGUACUUCUCACCGCUCACCGGCAGCCGCCUGCUCACCACCUCCAUUGACAACUCCAUGCAUGUGUACCAGACCCGCGUUCUGGGCUCGCAGAUCACUCGCACCGCCAGGAUAUGCCAUAAUAACGACACGGGCCGAUGGCUUUUGCCGAUGAGAGCCAUCUGGGUGCCAGGCGGCGAGGACAUGUGGAUGUGCGGCAGCAUGGAGUGGCCACGCCACCUCGACGUCUUCUCAGCCACAGGGCAGAAGCUGCUGGUGGUGGGGAAGGAGGAGAUAUCGAGCAUCUGCACGGUGAUCGCCUUUCACCCGACGCGACCCGUGCUCGUGGCCUGCAACUCGAACGGGAAGGUGCACUUGUUUGCUGGCUAGCCCGGAUCGCUGUGCCAAGAUUCCGCCACUGUCAACGUGUGAGCUCGGGGACACGGAGCGAUUUCCCCAAUCAACAUACGCCCCUUGUGUCGAGUAACCCCUGGAGAAUCUGUUCUUUAUGAUCGGUACAAAUUAUAAACGAAUACCGCCUGUAGAGUAAUGGGGCGGAUGAGACGGUGUGGACGAGAUGGAGAGAGUGGGACGGGGCGAACAGGAUGGGUCACCAACACAGGGCGAGCGACAUGGAAGAGAAUGCAUCGAGUCUCACUCGGGGGUGAAGUGUAGUUGCUUCGUGCGUGUAUGUCUUUGUUUUCAACGUGGAGACCAUAGGUGUUGUUUUGUUGUAUCUUUCCAGGGUUGCUUCCCUAAAUCAGUAGUUCUCAAUCUGGGUGGUACUUUUGUCCAAAUCCGAGAGGUCUCCAUAACAAAUUGCACGGCUGUGCGUUUGAUUCGUUGAGCUCGGGCUGUUCAACUUAGAAGCGUUGCUCACCCAAGAUAAGCUUGCAGUUGCCGCCACGUGGAACAUGUGGGCGACUUGUUUCCUUUUUAAGUUCAGCUGCUGCCGGGAGGCGGUGGCAGCUACGCCAUGCGUGGUCUGCAACCGAGCACUGUGGUGGCAGCAACGAGGGCUGGCGGAUCGCACAAAUAUUCCGGAACUCCCCUUCCCGUGGGCGUUGAGUAGUUGCUUUACCCUGGCUCGCUAGAAGAAGGCGGUACGGCCAAAAUGGUGGACUCCACCUGUUCCAUCUGUGUAGGAUCGAGUAUUUCCCCCUCACCGUGCGUGGGUUUUCUCUGGGUGCUCCGGUUUUGCCGGCUCACUUCCACAUCUGCUUCCUUUGCUCGUCACGUGUUUCCUCCUCGCGCCUCUCUCUGUAGGAGAGUGACUCCUGCACAGCGGCGGUGGGCACCGUGUGUGUGUGUUCGUGAGAUUGACGGUGUCUGUGCUUAACCGCAGAGUUUCCCCCAUCCGUGUUAAUGUCAACAUCACUUUUUUUAAACGCAAAAAGCCUCCCCGUGUACAUCCCGCUGCUUUGAACUACACCGAGCAAGAUGUGUCCAGGGGCGUCUUGUGGCGAACGUCAUUACAGUUUCGUGGCCAGUUGCAUCAAACACCUCAAGUGCUUAUCCCUUGAAUGUGCCUGGAAUUAAAUCGACCGGGCGAAAUUCCGUUUGGUGUUUUAUGCAACGUAAGUGUUCGUCAAACGACGUGGUUAAUUAUAUUAAUAUGCCCAGUGGGCAUUGUUUCAAGGGGUAUGGAUGAAGCCUGAGGUCACAGUAUAGUGAGGGCCUUUGUCGCCUUGUGUGUUAGGCAGGCACGUGCCUCUCGGCUUGCUUGGCGUGAGCGUGCGCUCGCAAACCACGAGCUGUGCACGUUCCCGAGGGCCUGGGUGCUGCACUCAUUGAAGCGCGGUGGUCUUUACAUGGAUAAAGAGACACUGACACAAAUAUAUUCUUAGCUCUUUCGGUAAAGUCACAUUGAAGGGAAGCAAUAAAAUAAUAAA